CGUUGACACCAAACUUUCUUCUAAGUACCACUAAAGGCAACCCAAGUACCAUUAGUGGUACUUGUACCACAGUUUGAGAACUUUGUAUGUAAGACGUUUGGCAUUAAGAGUAAUGUUAAUUGGAGUGUCUAACGACUCGUAGCCUACAUAGCUUUUGUGUGCAGUGAUUCAAGACUUUCAAGACACUGAAUUUUGUGUUCUCAUUAGCUGUUAGCCAUAUUGAUGGAAAUCAAGAGAAGUAUGUGUAAUAAAUUUGUUUAAAACAUGAGUUUCAAUUUAUAAUAAAAAUACUGAAAAAAUACUGAAAUAAGUCAGGUCUUUUACUCAUCUAAAACUGCUACUUCACCUUCAUACCACUUAUUAGACUGGAUUGUUAUCAUGAUCUCCUUACUUUAUUCUGUGUUCUGGUACAUUGUUAGCAUUUAUUAUUUACAAAUGGAACAAUAGUCAAUUGUUUAUAACAAACGUUUCAAUAUUAUUCUAAUUUAUUGAGAUGCAUUUCUAUAUAUAAACACAUAAAAACUGAAAUUUGGGGCUGUGUCUUAUAUAUAAGAUCUUGCUUUAUAUUCAGCUCCGCCCCUGUUUUAAACCCCUUCUCUUUCUCUCUUUCUCCUUUUCCGUUUGCUCUCACCCCCUUUCUACCUCUCCCUUCUCUUGCUUUUCAAUCUUCUCCCUCCUACCAACAAGUGAGGACCUUCUCUGCACAACCACCCAUUCUCUGUUCGGCGUCGGGGCUUUGAGUUGAGUUAUAGAUGUCUGCUGGAAUUUCUUUUCCCCUCAUCCAUUUCACUGUUUAAUCGAUGGGGAUGACAGACUGCAGGUGCAGCGUCGGUGUGCGUUAGAACCAGCAGCGACGGUGUGUGGUGCACUAGGACCGGGGAGAGACUACUCUCAUCGUGAACACUGGAGCUGUAGAGGGAACCCCCCCACACACAUUGGAUCUGGCGGUUAUAUCCAUACAUUUCUUUUUCCCUCUCAUCUCCACAGGGAUCGCACCAACGAGUGUGUUUGGAAAGAAUACAGGAGUGGAUUUGUAAUUUGGCAAGAUUUGCGUAAAAGUCAGCUCUUAGAUAUUUUUUGUUGUUUGAAGGAGGGGGAGAGAUUGUCAUUUUGCUAUAUCAUGUUUCCUAGGCUGUAGAAAAAAAAAAUCUCCCGUUUUACGUUAUAUUUCCAUAAGCGCAAAGUCACCUGAAAAGGACAGAAGCAUAUAAAUAUCCUCAUUCUUGUAUUUGAAUUUCGGUCGGACGAUUGGCUGAAUGGGUGACCUCGCUGAAACACAGAUCACCCCCAGCUUGCAGCCACUGUACGCACACUGUUUUUUCUCUGCUGACUGGGAGUUGUGAUGUCCAGAGCCUUCCACGCUGACUGACACUCGGCGUUGUACCAUUUUGGAAUCGAAUUGAAGGCUUUGAGGACGGGGGAGGAAGAUGAGACCUCCCAGCCCUGUCCUGAUCCUGCUGUACUUCACCCUGUCCAAGAGUGUAAAGGUGGUCUCAAAGAGAGGCUCAGUGGACGGCUGCACAGAUUGGUCCGUGGACUACCUGAAGUACCGGGUGCUUCAAGGUGAGCCAGUUCGUCUGAAGUGCGCUCUGUUCUAUGGUUACAUCCGGGCCAACUACAGUCAGGCACAGAGCGUUGGCCUCAGCCUCAUGUGGUACCGCAGCUCGGGUCUCGGCCACAGCGACUUUGAGGAGCCCAUCUCUUUUGACGGAGUACGAAUGAGCAAGGAGGAGGACGCCAUCUGGUUCAGACCUGCUGACCUUCAAGACGUGGGCCUCUACUCAUGUGUUUUACGGAACUCUACAUACUGCAUGAAGGUCUCCAUGUCUCUGAAUGUGGCUGAAAAUGACACAGACCUUUGCUACAACUCCAACAUGAGAAGACCUGAGAAAGCUGAGCUAAGUAAGAGCAAAGACAUCCUCUGUCCUGACAUAGAUGAUUACGUUGAACCUGGGAAGGAUCCUGAAAUCACAUGGUACAAGGAAUGCCGUCCAAAAAAGUGGCGGGCCAGCGUUAUCCAGAAGAGGGACAUUUUGUCCUUUCAAGAAGUAAAGGAGGAUGACAUUGGGAAUUACACCUGCGAAAUCCAGUUUGGUGGCUUUGUUGUCAGAAGGACGACGGAACUCACAGUAACUGCUCCUUUGACCGACAAACCACCAAAGAUCCUGUUUCCAGCAGAAAAUAAGAUUACCAACAUGGAGAUGCAGCUAGGAGGCGCUUUGAACCUCACAUGCAGAGCAUUUUUUGGCUACAGUGGAGAUGUCAGCCCGCUCAUCUACUGGAUGAAGGGGGAGAAGUUCAUAGAGGACCUGGACGAAGAGAGGGUCCAGGAAAGCGACAUCAAGCUUGUCAGGGAGCAUCUUGGAGAGCAAGAAGUGGCGAUUUCUUUGACUAUUGACUCUUUGGAGGAGGAGGAUUUAGGAAAUUAUUCCUGUUAUGUGGAAAAUAGUAACGGCCGUCGCCAAGCCUCCAUCCAGAUCUUCAGGCGGGAGCUCAUGUACACAGUGGAGCUGGCAGGAGGGCUGGGAGCGAUUCUGCUGCUUCUCAUCUUCCUCAUCUCCCUCUACAAAUGCUACAAGAUUGAACUGAUGCUUUUCUACAGGAGGAACUUCGGCAGUGAGGAUGUGGAUGGAGAGAACAAAGACUAUGAUGCGUAUCUUUCAUACACCAAAGUCGACCCUGAUCAGUGGAGUCAGGAGACCAGGGAGGAGGAGCGUUUCGCCCUGGAAAUACUCCCCGAUGUGCUGGAAAAACAUUAUGGUUACAAACUCUUCAUCCCAGAUCGAGACCUCAUUCCAACAGGCAGUCUCACCAAUGAGCAUUACCAGGAUGACACACGACUCUUUGGAGCAUACAUAGAGGACGUUGCGCGUUGCGUAGACCAGAGCAAGCGCCUCAUUAUAGUCAUGACACCCAACUAUGUGGUGCGGCGAGGUUGGAGCAUCUUCGAGCUAGAGACCCGACUGCGCAACAUGCUGGUGAGCGGCGAGAUCAAGGUCAUCCUGAUUGAGUGCGCUGAGCUCCGCGGCAUCAUGAACUACCAGGAGGUAGAGGCCCUUAAACACACCAUCAAAGCCCUCACAGUCAUCAAAUGGCGGGGCCCUAAAAGCAACAAGCUCAGCUCGAAGUUCUGGAAGCAGCUGCAGUACGAGAUGCCCUUCAGGCGCACAGAGCCUAUGCUCACACACGAGCCGGCACUGGAUGUCAGUGAGCAGGGCCCCUUCGGGGAGCUGCAGACCGUCUCAGCCAUCUCCAUGGCAGCAGCCACCUCCACGGCCAUGGCCACCGCCCAUCCAGAGCUGCGCUCAUCGUUCCACAACACCUACCACACCACUAUGAGGCAGAAACACUACUACCGCAGCUACGAGUAUGACAUACCCCCAGGGGGGACCCUGCCACCGCUCUCAUCUCUGGGGAACCAGCACACCUAUUGCAACAUCCCACUAACUCUCCUGAAUGGACAAAGGCCUCCCGGGAAGAGCCGAGAGCACAGCCUGGAGGAGGCUCACGCCAACAACGCCAUGCUCCCUCUGCUGCCAAGAGAAACCAGCAUUUCCAGUGUCAUCUGGUAGUAACAAGCGGACUCAAUGUCAGCUUCAGGAAGACCAGUCAGGGUCAGACAUGAUGAGAACCAAAAGUAGAAGGUGAACCCACAAAGUGGAUCUAUUCAGGUCCAUGCAUCACCACUGACAGAGAACACAAGAGGUGGUGUGGAGGCUGUUUCUUUCCAGAGGACCCUGUCUCUUCUAAUAAGCGAUAUUAUUUUAUUUUAUUUUAUAUGUGGACCUAAAGGAAACAUAAAAAGCAUUUUUUUCUAGACUAACAAAUAAAGUGCAGGAACUCCGUAUUGAGGAGGACACACACGAUUCCAACAUCCUCACAAAAAGAAAUGUGCAUACAUACAAACAAAAGGAAAACAGGGUCUGUACAUAUAUUUGCAUUUUAUUAGUAGCAUCAGUGUUUUCCUGUUUCGUUCUUUAGUGUGUUUAAUUCAAUCAUGUCUGUUGCCUUCUGUACUGUAGGAGUUUGCUUUAAACUUGUUACACAAAGUUGUAUAUUUCUCAUUCUUUUAAGUUUAUCUUAUCUUACUUUAACAUGCUUGAUUGGAAAGCCAAUGUGUCAAGUACUUUUGCUGUUGUGUUCUUUCGUUUGGUUUUGUUUUACAUCAUUCUGUAGUUUAAGCUAACUUUUUUUUUUUUUUUUUUUUACUUUUCGAAAGACCUGGACAUUUUCAGGAGACUUGAAGAGCUGAAACCUGUUUUUGUUUACCUGUGAAAGGUGUAAAGAAACUCCUUUGAAAAAAAAAAAAAUACAUAGAAUAUGCAAAAAGACUGAGGAGCUGGCUAAAAACAUCUGGCCUUUUGGGGCACAGAAGGUAGAAGUGGUCGGAGAGAAGCGCCGGUCCCCUCCAAUCAGACCGACAGACUGGCAGAUCUCUUUCUGAAGCUUCAUUUUUUUUUUUUUUUCUAUCGAGACAAACAGCCUGGCUGUUUUAGAGUGAUAGUGAAAUGCCUCACCUUAAAAAGAAAAUCUGUAGAUUAUUUUAAAAAAAGAAAUCUAUUUUUAUAACAGAAAAGAGUUUGCUGGAGAGGUCAUACUUAUUUGCAUUUCAUCUUCCGUGGAAAGGGGAUUUGUGUCUAAGCGUCCUGCUGGUUUUGUAAUCUUGUAAACGUGGUUCCUGGUUUGUUGAGAGACUAAGCUGGUUUUUGAGACCCACCUGACAAAUACAUCCUCUAUUACUCCAGGUUCAAAAGAAAAAAAACAUUUUCAAUGGAUUCAUUUUUGAUGCAUCAUUUUAUUGCCACUCUGAUCAUUCAGAUUUAUUUGGUUCAUAGAGAUAGUUCACAUUUAAAUGAGAGAAAAGAAAACAGGUGUGUUUUGAAAGACUUUUUAAAUAUAUUUGCAGGUGUGAUUUUUAAGUAGGCAUAGCAAAUAGAUAUGUAUUCUAUAUAUAAUAUAGAUAUUUAUAUAAAUAUAUAAACACAAUUUUCACUUGGAAAGAAAUGUCUAUCUUUAUAGAAACACAAUCAUGAUCAGUUGCCCCUACUUUCUCACUGCACAUUAAAAACAUUGAUUUCCU